AUGUCUGCCUCUGUUGAUACAACGAAGCCAAUCACUCCAGCAGCCACUGUCGUCAAGACAACAAAAAAGUCGAAAAAGUCUUCUUCGAGCAAACCGAUUGAAAAGAGGUCGACCGUGAAAUUGGAUAAAGGGUUGAAUCUGAAUGUCUUUGAAACAAUUAACUCGUGGCGACAAAUCAAUGGACUGAAGCAUGACGACUACACUCGUUACAGGCGGUUUUGCACUCGACGGUUAAAACGAUUGAGGCAGAAAGUUGGUUUAGUCAGUCAUUGGAAAAAAACGACAAGCACUACGACUCCAAAGGUAUUUAAGAUGGUAUUCAACAGAAUCCAUAUGAUCCCAGAGUACAUGAAGACGGGUGAGUGCUUGAUGAUCCCAUUACUCAACUUGGAAAGGUGUUGGGCGUACGCAAACGACUUGACUCCUGCUGAUGAGACAGAAGGAAGAAAGGGUCACCAUCAACUCCGUCGUAUCCACAAAAUGAGAAAGUACUGCGAUGAGUUGUUAGCGUUGGUGAAGGGGUGCAACAAACGAACACAACGUGAGGUUCAAUGUUAUGUCAGUUACAUUCGCGGGACUGUUGCCUUUGAAUGUAAAAAGUAUGAGCAAGCUGUUACUGAGUUAUUGGCAGCAGUUGGCAUUGUUGGAUUUAUCACAAAGGAUAUGUCUGAAGAAGCCAAGUUUAUCUUCCGAGACAUUUUGGACGACUGUAAUGCAAAAGUUCGAGUGUGCAAAGAAGAGAGUCCGGAAUCCGAGAACGCAACAGUCGAAAUUGAGAAGUGGAGAGUUGUCGAAGGAGAGGCGCAAGUGUUUAACAUUCCCGAUGACACCAUGAGAGAUGCAAUGAAGACAUAUCGUGAAAGUAAAAGCAAGCCCGUCAACGUACGAAUGGAUAUCAUUCAAAAGGUCGUCGUGUAUUGUAACAAGAUAAUUUCGAACCGAAAAAUAGAGAACAGAAUGUUGUACAAGGACUUGCUUGAUUUUGCGUUUGAAGAGAAGUACCAAUUGACGGUCGAAGAGAUCUUAAUCGAGAUAAAUACAAUUGAAAAUUUGCUCGGGAAGUUCUCGUUGGUUGAAGGAGCCAAAGAGGGAGACGGCAAAAUUGAGACACUGAUUGCUUUGUAUAAUAAAUUGGCGGUGAUGGAGAAGAAGCGCCAGAAGAAGAAAGAGUGGCGAUUGUUAGCGUGGAGCAUUUACAAGGACUACUACCACUCUGUUGCAUUGUUUAACCAAAAGAAGCUCAAGGAGAGUUUCACCAACCUUAAAAAGAUGACAGAAAAGUUGGAAGAAGCAACUCCACUUGUCGAAGGUGAAGAGAGAAAGCGUAUUGAUUUAGUCGACAAGGCUAUUCAUGUCUUGUCCGUCCAAAUCUUGAUGGAACUUUGGAAGGAAAAAUCGGGAUCAAAACCAGUUGUUGUCGACGUGUGCGCGGAUACUUUGACAUAUCCAUCUCUUGAGAAGAAAGGAUGGUUUAAUUGGUGGUAA